AUGGCGGGAGGGGGAGAAGGCAUGGUGGGAGGAGGAGAGGGGGUGGCAGGAGGAGGAGAAGGCAUGGCGGGAGGGGGAGAAGGCAUGGUGGGAGGAGGAGAGGGGGUGGCGGGAGGAGGAGAAGGCAUGGCGGGAGGAGAAGAAGGCAUGGCGGGAGGAGAAGGCAUGGCGGGAGGAGGAGAGGGGGUGGCGGGAGGAGGAGAAGGCAUGGCGGGAGGAGAAGAAGGCAUGGCGGGAGGAGAAGGCAUGGUAGGAGGAGGAGAGGGGGUGGCGGGAGGAGGAGAAGGCAUGGCGGGAGGAGGAGAAGGCAUGGCGAGGGGAGGAGAAGGCGUGGCGAGGGGCGGAGAGGGGGUGGCGGGAGGAGGAGAAGGCAUGGCGGGAGGAGAAGGCAUGGUGGGAGAAGGAGAAGGCAUGGCGGGAGGAGAAGAAGGAGAGAGGAGAACACGCGGGGAGGCGAGAGGAGGCCUCGCGUGGAGGCGAGAGUCGAGCGCGCGGGGAGGCGUGAGGAGGCCGCGCGGGGAAAGCGAGAUGAGAGCGCGGGGAGGCGAGAGCCGCACGCGCGGGGAGGUGAAAGGAGAAAUCGAACCGGGAGGCGAUAGGAGCAGGAAUGGGUUUUGA